CGGAGAGCCCCCGCACCAGCUAGAACGCAAGGAACAGCAGCUUCAAAAACUACUCCGAGGAUAACGGGAGACGAGAGGCUGGAAGCGCAACAAAGUCACGACACAAGUAUCAGCCAAAAUUUGGAUGACAUUCCAAGAAAUUCCGGGUCUCGAGCAGAUGUUCUUGAGGAAGCAAAUUCUGAUAAUGACACGACCGUGGGUCGAUUUUCUGCUUGGCUCGGAAACACCAUGAUUGGGUGUGGCGGCAGGUCCGACGCUUCGAUGAGCAGUGCUUGUGUGGCUGAUCUGAGAUCAGACGAGUGCAGGCUCUGCAGAAGAUGGAGAGACGAGGACGCGGAGCUCGGAAUACACUCGCUGCCUCUUGGCGCGCCUCCGUACCUGAGAGCGCGCGCGAGAAUGCUGGAAGAGCUGGAACACUCGAGAAGAGCAAAUCGAAUGAAUCUAAAUCAGCAUGAUUCGUCCUGCAGAGCCACGUGGGCUUAUGAAGCACCGACCGGAUGUGGUGAACCUUCUUGUAUGAAAAUGCGAGAGCAGGCGUGUUCCGCAGCGACCACGACGUCCUGUCGUAUGUUGUACGAUGGCGGCGCUCCUGCUGUUGCUGUCGAAAGCCUAGACCCGCCAUCUAUGAAUGGCGGAAGCAAUGCGGACGAAAAGAACUCGCUCGGUUUUGCAGAGGAGCCAGCAUGCUGUGCCCGUUGGCGCACCGAGCAGGGGCUUAUGGCUAUGGCAUCUUCUGAUUCCCCAUGCUCGAGCCUUCUCCACUUUGGACUCUCGACAACGGAACAACCAACAGACGCACAUACCGCACCUCAGACAUUUUCGUCUAGCCCUACUAGGAGAACUAAAGUAGGAGCAUGGGAAGACCUGAGCCUAGAUUGGAGGAGUGAAGAAGACGACGAUGAAGACUGGGAUGAAAACACAGAGAUGCACGAAUUGCAACCUGGGGAGUUGGUCUGGCGGUACCGCGACUUUGUAUUGUUGUGGCGAUGUCCCGUGACGCAGGAGAUGGGUCCCUCCAGUUGGCGACUGGUAGAUGCGCCUCCUUGUUCUCCAUGUGGAGGAGGUACUGCUGCUGAACAUCUGCAUCAAAGAUCAGAGGUACCGCAACAAACUCUGGGGUCUCAACCACCUCAAGGGUCAUGUGCUACCUUAUCGCACGACGCAUCAGCAAUGGACUCAUCUUUCGAGUUGUCCUUGUCUGAUUUGGUUGCACAAAAAAGCCUGUAUUGUCGCUUGGCUGCAGAGUUUGAACUGGUCCUACAUUUUCUCCACAAGCGGCUGCGAUCCGCAGUAUGGUGGGAACGCAGACUUACGACCGACGCAGACUUUCUCCUGGGCGACGACGCGCAGUCGGGAGCUGCGGGGCAGUCUGGUUCGGUUAUUACGGUCGAGGCUAUAUUGGAGAGCCUGCAGCCUGCCGCACACUAUCUUGCGGCAGCAGAGGCCAUUGAGGAAAUUCCGCCGAUGCAACGGUGGAGCCUCUUUCGCGAGUAUGUGGAUGCACUAUGUUCCGGGAAGCGCGCUGGUCCUGAUUUGUAUAAGUGGAGGCGUAAUAAAAUCAGAGCUCCUGGAGCUGCUAUUCCGACGUCCGGAGGUCGUCAUGGCCAGGUGGCGCAAAAUAGACCCACAACUCGAGGAGACCUCAAACAACAUAAAUUAGACCACAUCGAGCGUGCAGGUGAAGAAGAACAAGAAUUUGGGAAGGCAAGCUCGAGCUCAUCUUUCUCUGCUGCGCAUGAGCAGUUAUCCGAUGCAAUUAGGACAGCGAAAACUAGUGGCCCUUGUGCAAGAAGACGCGCAAGGGAAGGCAAGGAAAAAGGAGAGCGCAGAACUACAGGAGGAGGCAGCACUACGUUUCUGCCACGCAGUCCAAGUUUUCUGCAGAUCAUCACUGGGACGCUCAGUUCAUCUGCUUCGUCAAGUAGCGAUGACGAGCCGGAUCUGGCUAGGUCAGAAGAUGAAGUUGAAGUUGAGGAGACGACAGCAGGCUACGGGAUCAGUCGCAGUCGUACUGGUUCUACUUCAACACCUCAUGAUACGAAUUCGCCUUUGAUUGAAGCCCGGUUUAAGCCUCCUUCAGGUGGUGACAUUUUCGAAUGGGAUAUACGAUACGAUAUUUGCCGCACUAUUCUACCGAUGAUAGAUUUGGUCUACAAAAAACCUUAGCUGCCUGCCACCUAAAGAUCCUAUCGCAUGAACAUGAAGAUCAACACACUGAGUAAGAGUACAUUUCCUCCACCCUCCACCAGGUGAAGAUCGCCCAUCUUCACUGUUGCCGGCUCUCAGUCUUGUGUUGAGUUUAUUUUCAAUACGCCCCAGAACCAGAAAUGAUAAUGAUCCAAUGAACCUCAGAAAACGUGGCACGACGCAAGUGGCACUGCGCAAGUGAAUCUAGCACGGGAAGAAGAUGAAGAAGAAGCAGGAGGAGAAGAUUUGCCAUUAUUUUUGAGAACGGAAAGCAUUGGGAUCUUGUUCUACAACAUUGCUGUCUGAGAAUCAUAGUUCACUCUGGGUCCUCUGGGUUGAUCAUAAUUUGAUCCUUUUAAACAAUAUGAUCUUAAAUCAUGUACAACUAGAAGUGUGCCGUCAGUGUGCGCACUUGGCAGACACUUUGCAUGAUUGCCGCUCGUGCUUCGGGAUGCAGAUUGAAAUUGCAUGGAAAGCGUCUUCAUAAAAGACAGAGCGCUGCCAUAAUAUGCAUCAAAAGAAUAAUAACCGUGUCCACGAC